GAGCAGACAAAAUUAUAAGCGUCAGAAGAAAAAAAGUUUUUCAUUCCUUCUCAAUUUUUUAAACAUUAUUAUAAUUUUGAGCCAUUAUUUAAGAACUUAAGCUUCUUAAAAACACACAACAGCUAUGUCAGAUUCAGAACAAAGCAAUAAUGCAUCAGAAGGAUCUGAUGUGGAGUCUGUUAAUUCUGGUUCUAGAUCAAGAUCGGUAUCUCGUUCUCGAUCUCGAAGUAGAUCACGAUCUGGUUCGGAUUCAGAUGCAGCAGCUCGAAGAAAUAAAAAACAGAAGAAAAAGAGCAAGAAACGUGAAUUGGAUGAUGAGGAGGUUGAAGAUGAACAAGAACCUGAAGAUGCUGAGGAUGUUGACUCAGAGGAAUAUGAAGAUGAAGAAGAUUAUGAUGAUCGUCCACGCAAACGAAAGAAGAAAGCCAAUGACAGAUAUCGAGAUUUCAUCAUCGAAGAAGCUGAAGUUGAUUCAGAUGUUGAUGAAGACGAUGAAUAUGAAGAUGCUGUAGGCGAGAUUGGAAUAGUCGGAAAUGAAGUUGAAGAAUCUGGUCAAACAGCUCGUGAAAUUGAAAAUCGUAGACGAAUGGUUAUGCUGUGGGAUAAUCAAAAAGAAGAGGAAAUCGAAAAACUUUUAAGAAAAAAAUAUGCUGAUAGUGAACAUCAAGCUCGAAGUCAUUUCGGAGAUGGUGGAGAAGAAAUGUCUGAUGAAAUCACACAACAAACACUUUUACCUGGAAUCAAGGAUCCAAAUUUGUGGAUGGUGAAAUGUCGAAUUGGAGAAGAAAAUGCAACUGUUCUGUUACUUAUGCGUAAAUUCUUAACAUACGCAAACACUGAUGAGCCAUUGCAGAUUAAAUCAGUUGUUGCACCGAAAGGAGUUAAAGGCUACAUUUAUGUUGAAGCUUUUAAACAAACUCACGUGAAAGCUGCAAUCACAAAUGUGGGAAACUUAAGAAUGGGAAUAUGGAAGCAAGAAAUGGUUCCAAUUAAAGAAAUGACAGACGUUUUGAAGGUCGUAAGCGAACAAACAGGACUAAAGAAGAAGCAAUGGGUUCGUUUAAAGCGAGGAUUAUACAAAGAUGACAUCGCACAAGUUGAUUUUGUAGAUUUAGCCCAAAAUCAAGUUCACUUGAAACUUUUGCCUCGUAUUGACUAUACAAGAAUGCGUGGAGCUUUAAAAACAAAACUCUCAGAAGCUGAAGAGUUGAAAAGGAAGAAAAAGCGUCGUCCUCCAGCAAAGCCAUUCGAUCAAGAAGCGAUUCGAGCAAUUGGCGGUGAAAUUACAUCAGACGGCGACUUUCUUGUAUUCGAAGGAAAUCGUUAUUCACGUAAAGGAUUUUUAUAUAAAAACUUUACAAUGUCAGCGAUUCUUGCUGAAGGUGUGCGUCCAACAUUAGCUGAACUUGAACGCUUUGAAGAGCAACCAGAAGAAAUUAACAUUGAACUGGCAGUUUCACCUAAAGAUGAUCCAUCGAGCACGCAUUCAUUCUCCAUGGGUGACAAUGUUGAAGUUUGUUCUGGUGAUUUGGAAAAUUUACAAGCUACGAUCAUCGCGAUUGAUGGUACAAUGAUAACAGUUAUGCCAAAACAUCAAGACUUGAAGGAUCCGCUCAUCUUCAAAGCAAAUGAAUUGAGAAAAUAUUUCAAAGCCGGCGAUCAUGCAAAAGUUUUAGGCGGUCGUUAUGAAGGUGAAACUGGUUUGAUUGUACGCGUUGAAACAUCUCGUGUUGUUCUUGUUUCCGACUUAUCAAUGCACGAACUUGAAGUUCUUCCACGUGAUCUUCAAUUGUGUUCAGAUAUGGCAACGGGUGUUGAUUCACUUGGACAAUAUCAGUGGGGAGAUUUGGUUCAAUUGGAUGCACAAACUGUUGGAGUUAUCGUUCGAUUAGAGCGAGAAAAUUUCCAUGUUUUAAGCAUGCAUGGAAAAGUCAUUGAAUGUAAACCGACAGCAUUACAAAAGAAACGAGAAAACUUCAACGCAGUUGCUUUGGAUAAUGGACAAAAUCAAUUGAGACGAAAAGAUAUCGUGAAAGUUAUUGAUGGACCACAUACGGGACGUGACGGUGAAAUCAAACAUUUAUACCGAAACUUGGCUUUUCUUUAUUCACGAAUGUACACGGAAAAUGGAGGAAUUUUCGUUUGUAAGACGAGACAUUUGAGUUUAGCUGGUGGGAAUAAAAGUACACCGAAUGCGAUAGCUCCAACUGGCGUGUUUGGGUUCAUGUCACCACAAAUACAAUCUCCAAUGCAUCCAUCAGGAGGUCGUGGUAUGGGAUCGUUUGGAAGAGGAUUCUCAAAUCGUGGUGGUCGAUCAGGUGUGUCGAGAGAUCGAGAAAUUCUUGGAAAGACAAUAAAAAUCACUGGUGGACCAUAUAAAGGAGCUGUUGGGAUCAUCAAAGAUGCAACAGAAAGCACAGCGCGAGUUGAGUUGCAUUCGUCAUGUCAAACAAUUUCUGUUGAUAGAAAUCACAUCGCAGUUGUUGGAGCACCGGCUAAAGAUGGAAGCAUUUCAUCAUUCCGUACACCGAAUCGAACUCCUGGUUAUGGUGCAAACACGCCACAAUAUCAUGCUGGCAGUAAGACGCCAUUACACGGCUCACAAACGCCGCAAUAUGAUCUCGGAAGCCGAACUCCUUAUGGCGGCAUGACACCUUCCCAUGACGGUUCAAUGACACCACGUCAUGACGCUUGGAAUCCCGCUGUGACUAACACACCUGCACGUCCAAAUGAUUUUGAAUUUAAUUUGGACGAAUCGUCGCCAAGUCCAGGAUACAAUCCAUCAACUCCUGGAUAUCAAACAUUCACGCCACAUACUCCUGGUGGUUUGUAUUCGCCUUUCCAGCCAUCGACAAGUCCAAGUCCAUCAUCGUAUCAAGUAAAUUACACGCCAAGUCCUGGAUAUUCCCCUCAAACCAUGGGCGCACCAUCAUCGCCGAUGAAUCCACAAACACCAGGCGCUGGUUUGGAUUCUCAUGGUGAAUGGUGUUCAGUUGACUUGGAAGUGAAGAUUCGUCCACCAGCUGAUGCAGAUUUUGUUGGACAAAUUGGAUACAUUAAAACUGUCAAUAAUGGAGCCUGUUCUGUGUUCUUAUCGGUUGAAGAUCGAACGCUUUCCUUCCCGAUGAAUGCUUUGGAACCUGUCAUACCUCAAGUUCAAGAUCAUUUUAAGUUAAUUUAUGGUGAAGAUCGUGAUACAACGGGAGUCGUAUUGGCAAUUGGUAAAGAUGCCACAGUUUUGAUUAAUGGCGAGAAAAGAUUAAUUCCAUUGAACUAUUUGUGUAAGAUCACUAAAGGAAAAGCUUUGUCGUCGGGAGAUUAAAAUCAAAGACAAAUAUGAUGAAUUAUUAGAACUUUUCAUAACUAAAAGAAAUUAAAGAGUUUUUGAUUUUAAAUGAUUCAAUGGAUGACAAAGAAAUAAAAUAAAAAUUAAUUAGAGAAACAG